UCUGGGUGUAGCCGACACUGAAUGACUGCAACGACCACCCGAGUUUGAAGAUUUUAAAGCACAAGCCAAGACACCGCUCUAUCCUAUCUGCCAUCUACGAGCCAUGGAAGUCAAUAGGACCACCAUCCUUGCAGGUGUGACGACAGUCGCCGUGGGUGUUGUAGCAUACGCCGCCUACUUCGACUACAGGCGCCGCAACGACCCGACAUUCCGUAAAGCCAUUCGGCGAGAGCAGAAGCGUGUGUCAUCCCUCGAGAAGGAGAAAGCGCGCGAGGCCCAGGUGGGAGAGGAAGAGACCCUCAAGAGGGCUCAUAGGCAGGCAAUGGAUGAGCCUCUGCCAUCUUCGCCAGAGGAGAAGGAGCAGGCCUUCAUGCAGGAAGUGGCUCGCGGAGAGCAGCUCUAUGCGUUGGGCGAGUCAAGCAAAUAUGACGCUGCUAUAUGCUUCUACAGGGCACUCAAAAUGUAUCCCCAGCCUGAGGAGCUCACCAGGAUUUACGCUCAAACGAUCCCACCGCACGUCUUUGAAGUGGUGCUCAAGCUCGUCAAGCUUGACGAUGAAGAGCGUGAGGAGUCUCUCAAUGAAAAGGUCGAAUAAGAUAGGCGCCAUCGUGACCACAGACCCGCUAUUGGAUAUAAACGCAGUUCAGCUCAUUGUGCAUCCCCUUUCACUGACCGAUGGAUUCGCUGUGGUUGAUGAGCAGUGAGCAAAUCUGACAUGCAGCUUCCCAGUCCGCCGGGACUCAAAGGAUGAAUGUCCAUGUAGAGAUGAACAGCAUUGAGUCUGAAAAUUGUCAUGUGUCACUUGCUCGUGGAAGGUCUCUCAGUGUGGCCGACCUGAUAGUCGCCGGCGACUUCUUGAGCUGAGACUGGAUAUCCAGAGGCAGCUGAGGAUGCUGUACGUGAAUGCCUCCUUGAGUGUGAAAACGUCCUCGUGCCUGAAUCAACUCAAUCAAGACUCUGAUCGUCGCGAACCACAAAUUCUGCAG